AAGCGCCUUGGUUAAGGCCAAGAUGAUACUUUCCUUGGUUAAGGCUAGUUAUGUUUUGUAAACAAUCCGCUCAACGAGCGUAUUUGAUAUUUAUGGUGCUGGAGAUAAUUAUUUCUAUGUUAUAAAUGGACAGAGCUUUGAACUCAUUAGUAUAAAAGAAAAUCGGAGUGAGAUGGCGACUGUUAGAAACAAUGUGUAAGUUUAUUAAUAGAAUGUUUAGACACUUAUUUUAUUAUCAGGCACUUGAAUUUCCGUUAUAUCUUCCGGGUUUCACCUUAUGGAAACGCACCCUUAGGCCGCGCUUACAUUGAAAACUCCCAUUUAUUCCGUGCGGCGAAUGACGUGAAAUGGUUCGAGUCACGGUGUUCCCAAAGACGAAUGGGGUGGCUAUUGUUUGCCAUUUAUGGGAGAUUUGAUUCAUAUGUUAUGAAAAGUAAGAAAUAAACAACUGCAUGGAACAGUAUCGGUAUUGGUGCAUUACUUCUGAGAGUUCUAGUCUAGUCUAGUCAUCUUCCCAUUGUUGUGUGAUUUAAUUAUUUUGAGCCAUGGAAAUGCGAGUAUUCGUAUGCAUAUCCGAGCAAUGCAGCUUCUGCUUUGAUAUGCGCAAUGGGGAAUUUCAUCACGUACUGGUCCUCACUCAUCUUCCGAAGAAGGAACAAGAUUUUAUUCUGCAGAAAUUACGCGGUUUAGCUUCUCAGUUCAGCAGCUAUCCCACGUGCGAGAAAUGCCGCCAAGAAUUUAUAAGCCUCCACAGCAUUCCCGAUAGCUGCUUUCAAAUUUUGCCCAACGUUAAACCGACUGACAUCAAGAUGGAACCAGAGUUAAUGAUUGAUGACCACGAGCUGUUGGAUAAUGAUAAAAUGUAUGAGGCAGACCCAACAGCAGAUUUUGAUUCAAUUGAACAAGAAGCCGAAAUACAAAUCAAGGGAGAAAACAACGAGGAAUUCUUCAUCAACGCCAUGGACGAAAAAGACGACACUACAUCCAUCAUUCCGGUUGCUCCAGUCCGUCACAAUGGAGAGAAACCGUUUCAAUGUGAAAAGUGUGACAAAACUUUUCGCACAAAAUUCGGACUUCAAGAGCACAGUCGAAUUCAUACGGGUGAACGUCCCUAUUCUUGUCCACAUUGUCCGAAAACGUUCAAGCGUUCUUCAGGCCUCCAAAAACAUAAUCGAAGUCAUAGUGAUGCACGUCCCUAUCCCUGUUCACAUUGCACGAAAGCAUUUAAAAAUUCAUCAACGCUCAAACUACACAUUCGAACUCAUACGGGCGAAUGUCCGUAUCCUUGUCCACAUUGUCCAAAAGCGUUUACAAAUCCUACAGCAUUCCGAGAGCACAUUCGAAUUCAUACGGGUGAAUUUCCAUUUUCAUGUCCACAUUGUGCAAAGACGUAUGGAAAACAAUCGGCACUCAAACUGCACAUUCGAAUUCAUACGGGUGAACGUCCCCAUUCUUGUCCACAUUGUCAGAAAAUGUUUAAGCUUUCUUCAACGCUCCAUGAACACAUUCGACGUCAUAGUGAUGUACGUUCCUACUCUUGUCCACAUUGUCCGGAAGCUUUUAAGCAUAAUUGGACGCUCAAACAGCACAUUCGAACUCAUACGGAUGAACGUCCCUACUUCUGUCCACAUUGUUCGAAAGCUUUUUCACGUUCUUCAGGGCUCCAAGCACACAUUCGAAGUCAUAGUGAUGAUCGCCCGUGUUCUUGUCCACAUUGCCCGAAAGCGUUUAAGCAUAAUUGGAAUCUCCAACAGCACAUUCGGUUACACCAUGCUAAACUACUUCAAUGAAGAUACAGAUGGCUCGGGGCAAAACUCCCUACUGACCGCUAAGGAAGGGAUAACUGAAUGCCAAAGGUUUUCUUUGUCACUGAAAGCUGUCGGCAAAUAAUCAUUAGGCUAGACCACAAAAUGAAAACUUUCAAGAAAUUGCAAAAAAUAAAAGAAAAAAAAUAUAAGGGGUUGUAUCUAGGACAAGACCACAUAUUUUCGACGUAGAACUACGCAAUUAUAUUAUGCAAUCCACUUGUUUACCACUUUGGAUAUUAUUUUAGAAUGCAUCGAAAUUUUUGUAAUAGAUUAUGUUAUUCGUUACAAAUAAAUUUGAUGAACAUCCUUUUACGUUUGAUAUGAUGCCUAGGACUACCAAAAUAUGUGAACGGAAGAAUGUCAAUUGAUCGUUGUAUUUUACAUUUCCCUCUGAAAUUAUGGCACAUCUCAUGUUUACAUAGUUCUCGAGCCGUAAAAGUUCAUUCACCUCUAGUAUUUGGAAUGACGAUUUUCCCAGGCUUCUCAGUUCAAAAGUACGGUUUAGGGAAACAUAUUCCGGUCUGCACAACGACAAGUGAGUACAAAAGUUGUGAACGCCAAAAAAAUACCCCCGACUUGCAUGUAUUCCCCCAGGCACAUCAAUUUUGAAGUCCGUGUAAGGGAAACACAGCUAAGUGGGAAAGAAAUACCCCCAUUGGUUUUGAACGCUUGACAUUUUACAGUUAUUCAAUUGUUCAUCUCAUGAAAGAUAACAUUUUAUUAAUUGUGAUAGAUGCGUAGAAAUAUUUCCUAUCAAUUGAUGCAAACAUCUUUCCGAUCUGUUAGUAGGUAGGGUUAGCACACAAAUCGGCAGAACUUCCAGUUCAUCAUCAAUUUAAACCGUUCAGAGAUUAGCGAAUUGUAAUGUAUAGUAUAUCAAACAAAUCUUAAAGAAUUUCCGAUUCGAUUGGUAUGCAAAUCAUGAGAAUUCGUUCACAGAGAAAAUAGUUAUUAACGUUAACUUUAUUUCAUAAAAACGUGACCUGUUUUCUGAUUUGGCACCCUUGCUGAAAGACGUAGUUCUACGUCAAAAAAUACAUAGUUUUAAUAUCCUGAUUUAUUCUAACUUUUAUAAUAUUACUUGAACACUUCUUGUUAGAGGUAUCCCCAAUACAAGACUGUCUCUUUUCUCUCUUGUUCUAAUUUUCUGUCAAUACUCAUCUCAAUACCACAUUCUCCACUAAUUAUGAUGAAAUUAAACAGAAAUUAUAUGAUAAGUAACAAGAAUGUUAUUUGGGGGUCUCCGUAGCCACAUUGGUUGCGCGUUCGCUUAGUAAGCGAUCGAUCGUGAGUUCAAAACUCAGGGCCCUCAUUGACCAUCUUUGUGUUGUUACAGAAUAGCUACGUCCACGCAACAAUCAUCAGCGAUGGAGAUCGAUCCACGGUCGAAAUAAGAUCGAUUCAUCCAUACAACUGCUCUGCUCUGCCAGGCACAUCGGGCUACUGUUCUAUAAAUAACUCAACAAUGAUCAAACAACUGUCUCCGCUGUCCGGUGAUCCAACUGGAUAAUGGAAGAACAGAAAGAAUACCCUUACGCCUAAAUGGCUACUGUGUGAAUGUAGCAUAUGUAAUGGUAUAGAAGGAAUACUGGCGAAUGGCAACUGUGU